CUGGAAAAAGAUACCACCAGGAGCCCCAAACAUGGGCGGUGCCUGGGAACGAUUGAUCAGAUCAAUAAAAACAGCAUUAAAAGUCACACUAAAGGAGAGGUCACCCCUGACGAAUUGCUGCACACGUUACUGCUGGAAGCCGAGCAUGUGAUUAAUUCGAGGCCACUGACUCCGGUGAAUCCAAACUUGGAUGAAGAAGCGCUGACACCCAAUCACUUUCUUAUUGGGCGCUCUAGCGGGAUGUCACCGUUUGGUUCAUUUAAAGACACACAGUUGAACCCACGCUCCUGGAAUGCCACUCAAGCACUAGCCGACAAGUUUUGGGCACGCUGGUCAACGGAACACAGACCUCUUUUAAUGCCCCGGUCCAGCUCCAACUCUCAACACAAAAAUCUAAAAGUUGGGGACAUCGUGAUAAUUUGUGAUGGCACAAUGCCUAGACGAGUAUGGCCUAGAGGCGAAGUGACGGAAGUCCACCCAGGCCCAGAUGGGCGCGUCCGAAUAACUGAAAUAAGAACAGCAACGGGUUUGGUGCGCCGUCCGGCCUCUCGCCUCAUCGCAAUUACGACAACGGACUAA